AUUAACCCAUUUAUUGGGGCCUUCCAUGACGCAGUACUGCUCUACGCGUACGCCUUGAAUGAUACACUGGCAAGCGGUGGCAGCAUUUGGAAUGGUACACUUCUCACAGCCAAAAUGCGAAACCGAACCUUCAAAGGCAUCGCCGGACAUGUCAGUGUGGAUGCCAACGGUGACCGUAAUGCCGAUUACUCCCUCCUUGACAUGGACCCUGAGACGGGCGAGUUCGAUGUUGUUGCUAACUACUACGGAAAUGAAAAGGAAUACGUCCCUGUCAGCACAAAGACGAUCGAUUGGGCCAAUGCCGAAAAUGUUCCACCUCCAGACACUCCCGUCUGUGGAUUCGAUGGUACCCUCUGUCGUCAGACCACCAUGAGAGCGUCUACGAUUCUGCAUAACCAGUAA